CAGAUUCGAGCUCCAUGGUUUCUCGGUAUCCGUCUCCUGCAGAGCUGGACGCUUUCGCCCAGAAAACCGCCAACAGCCCGUUGUCCAUCAAAAUCUUCCCGUCCGAUAUUCGGGUGCCGCAGCACAAACAGCUCAGCAGAACCGUGAACGGCUUGGACACCACGGGCCAGCGCUACAGCCCCUACUCCCACCCACACUCAGGAGGCUACCAGGGCUUGCUGGCCAUCGUCAAAGCCUCUGUGGUGGUCAAAGGUGUGGUGAAAACCCCGGAGGGCAGGAGGACUAAACAUGCAAACUCCCAGUCCUCUGUGGCGUCGUAUAAUAAUCCUCCGAACAAUGGCUACAAGGUCCGACACGGGCACGAGCCCUAUCACGUAAGCUCCUGUAAGCCCCCAGACGUACCCAUUGAAACACUUUGUUCUGCUGCAGGAAUGGCCUCUGGAGAUCAGAGCCUGGCUCCCUCAAACGAGCUGGCAGAGGUUCACAGCCUGAUGAGGCAGAUGAGCAGAGUGCCCCACAGCCGGGCCCUGCAGCCGGGGGGAGGAGCUCGAGCCAGCCCCUCGCUGCAGGCUGUGGCCGCGGUGGCGCACGCAGACCCCGACUUUGUGUUCGGAGUGCCGCCUCAGAGCGGUUUGGCAUUUGCGGGGGCGGUUCUGCCCACGCAGGGUGCGGACACAGCCACAGCCAGAUACUUGGAGCGAGGAGACUACUCGGUGUGGCAGCACGAGGCUCAGACGCAGCAGCAGCCCUAUCAGCAGGAAGCAGUGAGGAUGUACGGUGUGGGCCAGUCUCCUGACACUGGCCUUCCUCUGCCGUGCCCGUCUCAGCUGCCAUACAGGCAGCACUCGGGGAGCAUGGGGGCCGGACCGGACCGGGUUGGCGUGCAGGGGGAGCGGCCGCUCGGGCAGCUCUUCGCUCCGCUUUGGGACGACCCCGGCAGCGACGGUUACGCCUCUCAGGUGUUGGGCCCGUGCGCGGCCCGGCCCGGCGACGCGAGGCUCUCCCACCCGCACCUCCACCCGAGCCAGCCGCCGCUCCGCCCUCACCCGCCCCUUCCUCCUCACCCUCACCCCCAGGCCUACGCCACAGACCCAAACCUGUGCUGCGGGCUGCCCGGGUUCAGCCUGUGCCACGCCGCGGCGCUCAGCAGCAGCCUGCAGUCUCUGGAGUGCCUCAUCAGUGAGAUCCACCCGCCCUGCAUCAAGGAGAGCAUGCUGGGCCGCGGGUACGACGCCGCAGGGAUGCCUCAGCUGCUGGAGCACCAACAGCACAUCCAGCUGCCUGUCUACAGAUAGGUGCUGCUACGCUGUGACAUAUACAAGACAGGUUUUUUAAUUAACACACAACAAAAAAUGUAAACAUGCCUCCUUGAUUUGUGCAUGUUCUUGUAGAAGGCUUUUGUGUUUUUCUGCCUGGGAAAAAGAAGGAUGGAUAAUCAGAACUCAAUACAGGUGUAUGCUACUGACUCUUUUUUUGCAUCUUUUAAUGACUGCUGUGGUUGAUUUAACACUGAAGCUGAGCACUUGACCACACUUGCAUUUUUUUUAACUGCAGGUGAUUUUUGUAGGCCUUUUACAAAACUGGGAACAAGCGGAGCUGAAAUGAUCAGGGGCACCAAACAAAAACGACAACUGGAUUCAGAAAAGAUUUCUUGUGCAAAUGGCUUUAUUUAUGUUGUUUAUUUGCUCAUCAACUCCGGCCAUAACAGACAUGCUGAAGUCUCACAGCCGCUGAAUAAAGAUGUAAUUAUUUCUCUCAAGUUCAGUUCUAGGUGAAAUGUUCUCAUUCGACAUCUUAAAAAGUAUUUUUGUCGUCAUCAUGCUGAGCUCAGCAUAUUUGGACGGUUGCAUCCAGGUCAAGAGAGAUGCGCUCUUUGGUUGUGAUUUUACCAUUUUUAAAAGUGAAAAGUCGUAUGAUUUGUUUUUUUUGCUUUUGAAUGAAAUAAGUUUAUUCACCUUCAGGUUGUUUAACAAAACGAUCGAUGGCCGCUCGAAUCAUUUUACUGUAGGGCUAUAUCAUCUGGAAUGAUCUGAGAUGUAUGACUGAGGAGUUCUGUAAAACUAUUUAUUUAUGUUGGUGACUUCAUGGCAAACUCUCUAUAAUUAAUAUAAAGUGCAAUUAUUACACAUGAACCUGUGAGUCCUCUCUAUAAAUGAUGUUGAUGAAAAACUACUUUUUGCAAUGUGUGACUAUGAUCCUUCAUCCCCUUUUUUUCUGUCUCCAUAAGGAUUAUCAAGUCAAUAAAAUUCUCUAAAUCCAGCAGA